CCUUUCUUUUAUUUAAUUCCAUGUAUACCAAAACACAAAUAUUACCAAUGGCCACAUUUUCUCCCUCAACUAGCACUACUACAACCAAUAACAAUUUCUCCUCCAUCCCAAUAAACCCUAUUUUAUCAAAAUCCUUUCGAUUUCCAUCCUACAUAUUAACCCAAUCUCAAAAUAUUACACCUAAAAUGUUAUGCGAUGCAACAAAAAACAACGACCCCCAUUCUAAAUUAGAUAGAAGGAGUGUACUUAUUGGGCUUGGUGGUCUAUGUGGGGCGACUACCACUUUUUGUGGUACGUACCCCACAUUAGCUGCACCAACCGCACCGGAUGCUACCCAAUGUGGGCCAUCCAAAUUAGAUAAUGGAAAACCCUUAGAUUGUUGCCCACCAAAACCAUCACAAUUUGUAGAGUUUAAACUUCCUAAAACCAAUUCUAAUGAAUUAAGGAUUCGUCCGGCAGCCCAUUUAGUCGAUGACAAAUACUUAGAGAAGUAUUCAAAAGCCCUUGCCUUAAUGAAAGCUCUUCCUGAGACUGAUCCUCGUAGUCAUAUCCAACAAGCUAACGUGCAUUGUGCUUAUUGUAAUGGUGGAUACCAUCAAGUCGGGUUACCGGAUCUGGAUCUUCAGGUCCAUGGAUCUUGGUUAUUUUUUCCAUUUCACAGGGCUUACCUUUAUUUCUAUGAAAAAAUCUUAGGAAAAUUGAUUGAUGACCCCACAUUUGCUAUUCCAUAUUGGAAUUGGGAUCAUCCAGAUGGGAUGACUUUGCCUUCUCUUUAUAAUAACCAAAAUUCUCCUUUCUUUGAUGGGUUACGAAACCCGACCCAUCUUCCUCCAAUGGUCACGGAUCUCAGCUAUGAUGGACCGGGUCUAGAUAACAACUUACCGAAAGACGAUCAAAUCGCUCUAAAUCUUUCCGUGAUGUAUCGUCAAAUGGUUUCCAAUGCAAAAAAACCGAGUUUGUUUAUGGGAAAUCCAUAUCGAGCUGGUGAUAAACCAAAUCCGGGUGCUGGAUCCUUAGAGAACCAACCACAUGCCACGGUCCAUAACUGGACGGGUAACCCAAGUAAUCCCAUGUGGGAGGAUAUGGGUAACUUCUACUCAGCAGGACGAGAUCCAAUUUUCUAUGCACAUCAUGCUAAUGUGGAUAGGACAUGGUCUAUUUGGAGAAACUUGUCCAAAAAAAAUAAGGAUUUUAAAGAAAAAGAUUUUUUAAAUUCCUUUUAUUAUUUCUAUAAUGAAAAUGCUGAACCUGUUAAAAUCUAUGUGCGAGAUUGUUUAGAUACAAAAAAACUAGGUUAUGAUUAUCAACCAAUGGAUUUGCCCUGGCUUAAAUCCAAACCCAAACCGAAACAAACAAAAACAAAAAAAUCUUUGAAAAGGAUAACCUCAACAGAAAAAAAAGUUUCGGCAGAGGAAGUCAACGUACCAACAUUGACUUAUCCAAAAACCCUAGACCAUAUUAUAAGAACGUACUUAAAAAGGCCAAAAAAAUCGAGGAGUUUAGAAGAGAAAGAGGCAGAAGAAGAGAUUUUGGUAAUCGAUAUUGAGGUUAAAAAAGAUGUUUACUCAAAAUUCGAUGUGUACGUAAAUGACAAAGAUGAAUAUCCUACUAAGGAGAAUCGUGUUAGGACGGAAUAUGCUGGAAGUUUCGUGAAUGUUCCACAUAAACAUAAGCAUGGUGGGAAAGAAGCGGAAUUGUUGAAGACUAGUUUAAAAUUAGGGUUAACUGAUCUUAUUGAAGAUUUGGGUGCUGAUGAUGAUGAAGGAAUCGAUGUUAUUUUUGUUCCGCGUACAGGAUGUGAUUCUAUGGUUAUUAAGGAUGUAAGGAUUGAGUUUCUUUCUGAUUAAGUUCUAAAAAAAAUUGUUUAUGAUUAGUAAAAAUAUUUACUCUAAUGAGAGACUGUAUUAUUAUUAUUUUUUUUUAAUAUUUAUUUGCUUGAAUUGGUAUCCAUGUUAUUGGAAUAUGUCAUGCUAGACAAAAAUAGUUGUCUUUUUAAGUGAUGGAUUUUAAGUUUUUACAUUGUUAAAUGCUCUAUUUGUUUUAUUGAGUUUAUCUUUAUCGCUACUUUAAAUUUA